GCAGAUCGGGUAGUGAAACAGCGCUCCCUGGCGGCCCUUUCUCGGCUCUGCCUGCGGGCCGCGACGUCCCAGACGCUUAGAAGAACCCGUCCGGUUCUUCUUCCUCACGUGACCCUCAGACGAUGCCUGAUCCCCAGACUCGCCCUAGGACUCUCCCCCACAGGGGCACCCUGGUUUCUGUCCCACUCCUAGGGAAAAGGUUGCAGGGGGUGGGCCUGAGCUUGAACCCCGGCGAGCGAGCAGCCCCGCCCUCCCCGCGGUGCACGCUGGGGGUUGUAGUCCGCGAUCAGAGCGACGGGGCGGGGAGGUUUGGAUCGUUGGUGCUGUCCUGGCUCGAGCUGCUGCCGGUCCGGCAUGGCUGCAGGAGCCGACCCGGCUUGGGGCCGGGUGUUCUGGUGCCUGGGACUGCUGAGGCUGGUGUCUGCCGCGGCCGCCGCUUGGGACCUAAGCUCCCUGAGCUGCGGUUUCCGCGCCUUGUGCGAGUGCGACUUCCGACCCGACCUCCGGGGCCUAGAGUGUGAUUUAGCCCAGCACUUGGCUGGGCAGCAUCUGGUAAGACAACUGGUAAUGAAGGGGCUGAAGGCUUUUGUGGAGAAUCCUGCACCAGCCAAACCCUUAGUGAUGUCCUUCCACGGCUGGACUGGCACAGGCAAAUCCUAUGUCAGCUCCAUGCUGGUCCAGUACCUGUUCCAAGAUGGGAUGGCCAGUCCCCACGUGCAUCACUUUUCUCCUGUCAUCCACUUUCCCCACGCAGACCAGAUAGAGCGAUAUCAGAGUGACCUGAAGCAGUGGAUCUUGGGGAACCUCACAGCUUGUGGUCGUUCCCUUUUCCUCUUUGAUGAGGUAGACAAGAUGCACCCAGGACUGUUAGGGGUACUCCGUCCUUUCCUGGGACCUUCCUGGGUGGUCUAUGGUACCAACUACCGAAAAGCCAUCUUCAUCUUCCUCAGCAAUGCUGGUGGAGAACAAAUCAAUCAGGUGGCACUGGAUGCCUGGCGUGCCCGCAGAGACCGAGAGGAGCUCCAGCUUCGGGAUCUAGAACCUGCCAUCUCUAAGGCCAUCACAGACAACCCCCAUCAUGGUUUCUGGCAGUCAGGAAUUGUAGAAGACCAGCUCUUGGACUUGCUGGUCCCCUUCCUGCCCCUCCAGCGCCACCACGUCCGGCACUGUGUGACCAAUGAACUAGCCCAGCUGGGCCUGGCCCAGCAGCAGGAAGAGGAGGUGGCCCAGGCUGUGGUGGACGGAACUGCCUUCUUCCCUGAAGAGGAACAGCUUUUUUCUUCCAAUGGCUGCAAGACUGUUGCUUCUCGAAUCACCCUCUUCCUAUGAGUGAGCAGGGGCAACUCCUUUCCCACUGACCCACCCCCUGACCUACUCUUCGUAUCAUCAGGGGAGUCUGCCCAGGAGUUUUGGUCUAGACUUGCUGCUGGCAGAAUGACCUUUGCCCUAGGGCUUCUGGAAAGUGUAAACAGGGCUGGCCUGGUAGCCCAAGGAGCAGAGGACUAAGGGAGGUGGACAGUUCUGAGUUCUGCCACAUGGAGUACUUUCCCCACUGUUAGUGGCAGAGGUGGGUGAAGAUUUGGAUUCUGGUCUCCAUUGCCUUUCUGCCCUCCCCCACCCUGGGCCCAAAGCUCCUAGCCAAAACACAACUUCAUCUGAGCCAAGUCCAAUUCCCUUUUCCCCAACCUAAUUCUGAGCCUUAUUUAAA